AAUUUUUUUGAUGUAAACCGUUCGCACGCAAUUACGGAGUUUAUCACAGUAGUGAGGGACGGGAGUUUUUGAAAGGCACAGUCCUUCUCCUUCCUCAGCGCCUUAUCUCCUCUUCAAAUGUCAACUUCCAUUUCCUCCAAAGAGGACAGGACCCUAAUCUCAUGGCACCAAAUUCCCCAUCUCAAAUGCGACGUCGUUUCGCCCAAUUCCUAUUCCCCUCUCCGUCAAAACGCCACACUCACUUUCUCCACAACCACCACUGGAGACACCAAAUUCGCCUCUAUCUCAGUGGCGGAAGCCAAACUUCAAAACCAUUUCGCGCCAACGCCUUCUCAGCUCCUCAAACACCCGCUCGCUGCCUUGGCGUUCGUUCCUAGAGAUGCCGCCCUCUUCACUGCUGGAGCAAUUGCCGGCGCCGCCGCUAAGACAUUCACGGCGCCACUUGACCGUAUCAAGCUCCUCAUGCAGACUCAUGGUGUGCGGGUCGGGCAGGAUAGUGCUAAGAAGGCUAUAGGUUUCGUUGAGGCCAUAACAGUUAUAGGGAAGGAAGAAGGGAUUAGAGGUUACUGGAAGGGAAACCUCCCUCAGGUGAUUCGGGUUAUACCUUAUAGUGCCGUCCAGCUUUUUGCUUAUGAAAUUUAUAAGAAAUUAUUCAGAGGACAGAAUGGUGAGCUCUCUGUUGUGGGAAGACUUUCAGCCGGUGCUUUUGCUGGCAUGACAUCCACUUUUAUAACUUACCCAUUAGAUGUCCUGAGAUUAAGAUUAGCUGUUGAACCUGGUUAUCGGACGAUGUCAGAGGUUGCCUUGUGCAUGCUAAGGGAGGAAGGAUUUGCAUCUUUCUACAGAGGCCUUGGGCCUUCUCUUAUCGCGAUAGCUCCUUAUAUUGCAGUGAAUUUUUGUGUUUUUGACUUAUUAAAGAAGUCAUUGCCUGAGAAGUAUCAAAAGAGAACUGAAACAUCUAUACUCACCGCUGUGCUUUCGGCAUCUCUAGCUACACUUACAUGCUAUCCUCUGGACACUGUCCGAAGACAAAUGCAAUUGAGGGGUACACCUUAUACGACAGUAUUAGAAGCUCUUUCAGGUAUUGUGGCACGGGAUGGAGUUGCCGGUUUGUAUCGGGGAUUUGUGCCCAAUGCUCUGAAAACCCUACCAAACAGCAGCAUCAAGCUUACCUCGUAUGACAUUGUGAAGCGCAUAAUUGCAGCUAGCGAGAAAGAAUUUCAAACAAUUGUAGAUGAAAAUCGCAACAAACAAAAGAACAUCAACAAUCAAUGAAAGUGAACUCUGAAUUCAUAUUAUGUUAGCCAUUUUUGCCCAUGAAUUUUUUGUGGUAAUUGUUUUAGUUUAUCUAUCAGCAGUAAUGACAAUCAUCCAGAUGCCAAUGUUUCUGUAUCGGUUGGCCACAAAUUUUGUAGAACAUAUAUUUUUACUAGGAUGCUGUUAAUCCUAUUUUCUUUUGAUGAAUUCAUUAUUAGCUGUAAUUCUUCGGAGAUGUUGUACUUAUCUAACUUGGUGAUAGAAUAUGAAAAAUUGUUUGCUAUUUAUAAA